GAGAGGUUGCGUAGCAACGUGUGUUGCUCUGUAGCCCAGGCUGCGGUGGCGGAGGACUGGCGAUGCCCAAGAACUCGGUGGUCAUCCUGCGCUACGGGCCCUACAGCGCGGCAGGCCUGUCAGUGGAACACCACACCUUCCGCCUACACGGCCUGCAAGCUGUAUUGGCCAAAGAUGGACACGAGGUCAUCCUAGAGAAGAUAGAAGACUGGAAUGUGGUGGAACUUAUGGUCAAUGAAGACGUCGUCUUUCACUGCAACAUUAAGGACCUGGAGUUCGGCAAGCUCACCCCAAGUGGUGACAAGAGGACCACCAGCAGCUCCGGGCUGACAUUUCACCAGCUUAGCAGCCCGUGUGGAAUGAAAGCUUUUCCUUUGCAAGAGUUCCCACAAAAGACCCAGGACCUGACCGUAUUGGCCCAGAUUGGAUCAUGUGUCCAUUUCCAAACGAAUCUCUAUGACCUGGGUUGGCCAGGCCUGGGUCACAUGCCCACUUCUAGACUAGAAAAGCAGGGAACACAGCCCUACUAA